AUGCCGACAGAAUCGUCCUUUCCGGCCAUCAAUAUCCCGGCGGUAGACCUUUGGGGGUUGAUGUUCGAAGAGAAGCGGGAUGAACCAUUCCCAGCUGAUAAAGUGAUCUAUCGCGAUGCAGUUACACACCGGCAUUAUAGCUUCGAAAAUCUGCAAAAUGCCGCUUCUGCUUUCGGGGAAGGCUUGCGGUCAACAUGGGGCUGGCAAAAAGGCGAUAUUCUCACUAUUUUCGCUCCCAAUAGUAUUGAUAUACCUGUCCUAAUAUACGGGACAUUUUUUGCGGGUGGAACUGUCUCACCGUCAAACCCUGCCUAUUCUGUUGAUGAGCUUUCCUUCCAGUUGAAAGACAACGGUGCCAAGGCAAUUGCAACAUUCCAUUCGCUUUUACCUGUCGUCACGGCCGCUGCCAAGAAGGUUAACAUUCCCUUGGAUCGCAUCAUGCUGCUUGGUGAUGAUCGAGACCCAGGCGGACAGUUCAAACAUUUCGAUCAAAUCAAAGCUACCCGAAGCAUGAAAAGAACACCUCUAAAUCCAGAUAAAGAUCUUUCAUUCUUGGUUUAUUCGUCUGGCACCACUGGACUCCCGAAAGGUGUAAUGUUGACGCAUUCCAACGUUGUCUCCGAUAUCCUGAUGUUCACCUCAUCGAUUGGGAAGAGCUAUUCGUGGCAAAAUGACAAAUUCAUCGGGUUGCUCCCAUUUUACCAUAUCUAUGGUCUCACAGCUCUUAUACAUCAGUCUUUGUACCGGGGCAUUGAGAUGAUUGCAAUGGAACGCUUUGAUUUGGAAUUAUUCCUCAAGAUAGUGCAGCAGCAUAGGGUGACAUUUGUAUAUGUCGCGCCACCAGUUCUGGUCCACCUCGCGAACCAUCCAGUGGUUGAGAAGUACGACCUCAGCUCUCUGCGCAUGAUCACCUCCGGCGCUGCACCAUUAACACGCGAGCUUGUUGACGCCGUUUAUAAGCGUACGAAUGUCAAGAUCAACAAUGCUUACGGCCUGAGUGAGACCAGCCCCGUCACCCAUAUGCAGCCUUGGGAGGAAUGGUAUGCCAGUUGUGGAAGCGUUGGGAAGAUGAUGCCAAAUAUGACCGCGAAGUAUGUUUCUACUGAUGGCGAAGAGGUCCCCGCUGGCCAGACUGGCGAACUCUAUCUCAAAGGGCCCAACGUCUUCAAAGGCUACUGGAACAAUCCGGCGGCCACAAAGGAUUCCUUCAGCUCGGAUGGAUAUUUCAAAACUGGUGACGUCGGGUAUCAAGACACAAAUGGCAGCUUCUACAUUACCGAUAGAGUGAAAGAGCUCAUUAAGUACAAGGGGUUCCAAGUGGCACCUGCAGAGCUUGAGGGGCUGCUAUUCGGUCAUCCAAACGUCAAUGACGCGGCUGUUAUUGGGGUAAACUUUGAAAAGGAGCACACUGAGGUCCCUCGUGCCUAUAUUGUGCUGCGACCGGGCAUAGAACGCUCUGAUGGCUCGGCUCAGGAAAUUAUCAACUGGCUGAAUUCAAAGGUCUCAAACCACAAGAAACUGCGGGGUGGAAUUCGCUUCGUCGAUGAAAUCCCGAAAAGUGCAGCUGGGAAAAUAUUGAGAAGAAUUCUGAAAGAAAAGGCCAAAGAGGAACAGAAGGCUGGUAUGGCGAAGCUUUGA